AUGCCGACAUCAUGUAACAUCCUGUUGAUUGGAGAAACAGGCUCAGGGAAAUCUACGCUGAUCAACUAUCUGACAAACUAUUUUCAUGGCGGAUCACUUGAAAAACCGAGAAUCGCUAUUCCUACCAAGCACUACGAGGCGACAGAGGAGUAUCAAUCCUCUGAGAAAGAUCUUCAAGAUGCAAAGAAGAGCAAGACCAGUGAAUGUACUACUUAUGGUUUCACAAAAGGUAGUUGUCUUUACAACUUUAUCGACACACCGGGCUUGAGCGACACUGAAGGAACAGAGAGAGAUGAUCAGCAUAUUUCAAAAAUUAUGAUCGCUGCAGAGAAAACUGGAUCUAUGGCUGGUAUUAUCAUUGUCAUAAAUGGCACGGUGGCUAGAGCUACCGUAAACCUGCGGAACACUUUGGUUCGUUUGAGAAGUUCCGUGCCGGAUAUACUUCUGAACAACCUCGUAGUUGUCCUCACUAAUUGUUCAGUGUCUACAGCUAACUUCGAUUUGGAAUCUCUCGAGCCAUGGACGGUUUCUGAGAAAAAUGUAUUUUACAUGAACAACUCUGCCUUGAGCAAACAAAAGGACUUGUGGAUUAACGACAUUAAAAGAAAGGCUGGCCUCCUGAAGGAUUGGCAAGAGUCGAUAGAAGAAAUCAAUGAUAUGAUACUCAGAGUGAAAACCCUGGGUACUGUUGCUACUGAUGCGUUCAAGAAUAUGCGAAAGAAGAGAGAUAAGAUCAAGUCAGAGCUCACGGGAAUCUUGCUCGAAGUGAAGAAGCUACAGGAUACGCAGAACAAGCUGAAUUCUGCUAAGGAAGCUCAGAAAGAAGUUACUGAAAAUAUGGAGAAGUAUUCCAAAUAUAAGCAGAAUGAGAAGGUGGAAUGUGUGGAAAUGGAGAAAACAUCAUAUCACAAUACGAUUUGCAUGCAACAUACUGACAAAGUCUGUCACGAAGGAUGUGGUCUUAAAUACACAGCCGGUGUUGGAUCGGACAUUUUCAAAGGUUGCGCAUGUAUGAGUGGAUCUGCUUAUUGCGGAGUCUGUGGAUGUGGACCGGCAACUCACUAUCAUGCCAAGGAGAAGCCUGUGAAAACGACCAAAACAGUGGAAAAAAUCCUGCAUGAUAUGAAAAUUCUCUAUGACCAGAAUACGAAUCAAGAUACCCGCCUUAAGGGUGAGAUCACCAAGUGGAGUACUGAUAUUCAGGCACUGGAAAAUGCUCUCAAGCAGAAAGAAACUAAAAUUUGUGAAUGUUGUCAGGAACUCAAGGAAAUCUGUUCGCAAUUCAACUUCGUGGAUGAGCUGAGCAGUGUCAUUGACACUAUGAAGGCGAAUGCUCGUACUCUCACAUCAAUGGAAGUCCGGGACAAAGCGGAAGAUAUGAUCAGAAAUAUUACUCAUCUUGCAGAUAAACUUUCAAGAAUGUAA